AUGGCAAGUACCACAGGCGAGCUCCGCCUCGCCACGACGGCCACGGUCGCGACCGCGGCCCCCGAAGCUGCGCCGCUUCCAGCGGCGCAGCCGGGCGAACCUGAGCCGCUCGCCGCGGAGCCGCCGCGGGUGCAGCGGCCGCGGGUGCUGCGGCAGCGGGGAGAGCAGCUGCGGCAGAGCUGUGAGGGAUGCGCCAAGGGAUGGCGAGAGGCUUUGGACUUCGAGAAGAAGUUCUUGCUUCGACACUUCGAUGGGGAGCCUGGGCUGCCCAGCGCUGCAGCGCGAGGGCUGCGAGGGGCGCCCUUGCCCGAGCCGGAGAAGGAGGAGCCCGCGGAGGUGCCAGCUCCAGCUCCCGAAGGAGCUGCGGACGACACGGCGGGCCGCGCGCUGACCACCGUGACCGACGCCGGUCCCGACGCCGCGCCGAACGACGCCGACGAGAAGCUGUCAGAGACGGCAAAGGAGCCGCCGAAGGAGCCGCCGAAGGUGCGGGGGCUGCAGAGUCGGAGGCGGGCUGUCUUGCAGAAGCAGGGCCUUUGGUUGGAGGACGUGGCGAAGCCUGAUCCCGAGCAGUUUUGGGACGAGCAAGUGGCGCGCUACCGGUGGGAUCACCGACUUCGCAAGCACGCCUACGUGCAAGUCAAAGAGCAGGCGGCAGAGGUGGCCGCAAACACAUUCACCGCGGCUAUCCUGGAAGCCGCUCGACCCCUGACACAGUCAGAACCUGCGUAG